CCCCUCACCCCAUCCCAGGCUGCUACAACUGUGAACAGAGCUGGACAGGACCCCUGGGGAAGCACCAAUUCUGGAUCUCUGGAGCAACCUAUAUUAGGGAUGGAGAGACAAACGACCAUGAUGUCACGGAGCUGGGUCUCAGAGAAACCAAUCCAAGCAUUCAUGGGGACCCCUGGAUGUGGGUUUAGCUGCUGUCUAAGCCACUGACCCCUGGAAUCUGUAAGACAAGACAGAGGACUGCAAAGGGGCAUCAAGGGGUGCCACACUCCAAAAGGACAGCUUCAGCCACGCACCAUGUGGUGGGUCCUGCUGCUGCCGCUGCUGCUGCCACCGACGGCGCUGCGCCCCAGCUGGGCAGGGCCUCCCCAGGAGAGGGCCCCUCUUUUCCGGCUGACCCAGCAGGGCCCCUGGGAGAGCGGGGCCGGCAACGCCACGGUCUCCCCCUGCGAGGGGCUGCCGGCCGCGGGAGCCUCCACCUUGACCCUCGCGAACCGCAGCCUGGAGCGCCUGCCCGACUGUCUGCCAUCCACGCUGCGCAGCCUAGACGGCAGCCACAACCUGCUGCGCUCCCUGAGCGCCGCCGAGCUCGGCCACCUGCCGCGGCUGCAGGUGCUGACGCUGCGCCACAACCGCAUCGCCGCGCUGCGCUGGGGCCCCGGGGGGCCGGCGGGGCUGCACACGCUGGACCUCAGCUACAACCGGCUGGCCGCGCUGCCGCCGUGCGCCGGGGCCGCGCUGCCCGGCCUCGGCUCGCUGGCGCUGGCCGGGAACCCGCUGCGGGAGCUGCGGCCCGGGGCCUUCGCCUGCCUCCCCGCGCUGCGCCUCCUCGACCUCUCCUGCACCGAGCUGGGCCGCGACCCCGGGGCGGGCGUCGCCGACGCGGCCUUCGCGGGGGCGGGCGACACGCUCGAAGUCCUGGAUCUCAGCGGCACGUUCCUGGAGCAGGUUCAGAUAGGGUGGAUCAGAGAUCUGAGAAAUCUCAAGACUCUCUACCUGAGGAAGAUGCCCAGGCUGAGAACCCUGGAGGGGGACAUUUUCAAGAUGACCCCUGACCUGCAGCAGCUGGAUUGUCAAGACUCCUCAGCACUUACCUCUGUCCACACACACAUCUUCCAAGACACUCCUCACCUACGAGCCCUUCUAUUCCAGAACUGCAACUUGAGUUCCUUCCCUCCUUGGAAUCUGCAUUCCUCCCGGGUCCUAACCGUCAACCUCUUCGGCAACCCCCUCACCUGCAGCUGUGAAUUGGCCUGGCUCCUGAAGGAUGCAAAGAGAACUAUCCUAAGCAGGGCAGCAGACACUGUGUGCGCACCAGUUGCAGAAUCCCAAGACACCUUCUCAGCCCCUCUUUUGCUGUCCCGUCUGCCCAGUAUGUGCCAUUUGGACCAAAGCACUACCCUCCUGGAGGCCAUCUCGCCCUACUCUGUUCCUGUCACCCAUGCACCAUCUACACAGAGGCCUGCCACCCCACAGAGCACAGCCCCCUCCACUCCACCUGUGGAAGUCAGACAGAGUGUCACCAAGACCCCUUCCCUCCCUGCGGAUUCCCCCACACGGACUGCUUGGUCGCACAGUGGCAUCAGUACGGGGACAACCCCCUCCGCUGCCACGUCCACAGCAGAUUUCAGCAACUCUAGCGCUCUGCGCAGGGCUGCAAGCACGGUCGGGACAGAGAACCAAGAACACGCUGCUAGGCUUGUCCAUGAGCCUGACAUGGAGGCUGCCUCCACCCCACCCGCCAGCAAACACCUUGGGCUCUUCUCCACCUCCUGGAACCCAGUGAGGACGCCCCAGCCCGGCCACAGGCCACAGGCCACCCCGCAGGUGCCUCACCCGAGUCCUUCCGAGGACACGAUUCCAAUCUUGCUAUUGGACGACUCCAGUGAGGAGGAGGAAGAGGCGGGGAAGAAGGAGGAGAUGGGAGCGCCUCCCCAGGACGUCCCCUGUGAUUACCAGCCCUGCAAGCACCUCCAGACCCCAUGCGCAGAACUGCAGAGGCUCUCGCGGUGCCGGUGCCCCGGGCUCAGCGGGGAAGACACCGUCCCGGACCCCCCGAGGCUGCAGGCGGUGACCGAGACCACGGACACCUCGGCGCUCGUGCGCUGGUGCGCCCCCAACUCGGUGGUGCGCGGCUACCAGAUUCGCUACUCUGCCGAGGGCGGGCCGGGGAACCAGUCGGUGGUGGCGGACAUCUACGCCACCGCCCGGCAGUACCCUCUGUACGGGCUCUCGCCAGGCACCACGUACCGCGUGUGCGUCCUGGCGGCCAACCGGGCGGGCCUGAGCCGGGCGCGGGCCUCGGGCUGGGCGCGGGCGUGCGCCUCCUUCACCACCAAGCCCAGCUUCGUGCUCAUCUUCGCGGGGCUGUGCGCCGCCUGCGCCCUGCUGCUCGUCACCACCCUGCUGCUCUCCGCCAGUCUGUGCCGCCGGGCCCGGACGCCACACCCACGGCGCUACGACACUCACCUAGUGGCCUACAAAAACCCAGCCUUCGACUACAGGCUGAAGCUCCAGACCGUCAGUUAGCCCAGCGCCCCCUCCGGUGGAACUCAGGCCGCCUGGGUGUAGAAGACACAGAGGGUCAGAGAUGGCCCCGUCAGCUCGGAACACCUCUCCUGCCUGGGAAGCCAGCACUCCUCGGGCACAUGGGGAACUUGCCCUGCUGUUUCUCAGUCCAAGGAACCACUGCCUUCCCUUCCUCCUACUUCCCCUCUGUUCCCAGAAACGUGCACACCAGACAACUCCCGUUGCCAUAGGGCAUCCUUGUGGGUUAUUUGGGUCUUUUAGCAGUUGAAGCCAAUUGGGCAGAUUGUGUAUGGAAAUAGAUGGAGAUAAAAUAGUUCACGCAGUUCGGGGUCCUUUGCCAUAUUGGAAGUCAUUCAAGUCAUUUCAGGGAAGUUCCCUUCACAGUCAAGUUCCGGCUAAGGCAGGUGUUCCUCAAGGAAUCCACUCCGGCGGAGUCUUCAUCUGAGAAGUGGGGAGAAGGGGGAGCCACUGGUUAUGUCUCCCUGAGGCUUCUUGAGUUUACUAGUUGCGUUUCAGAAUAUGGCACAAAAUGUGCUUUUCGCUUUGUCAUUAAAACUGCAGUCUUCUGGGAACAUUUGUGAAACACAA